GAUCAGUUACGGCACUAGCAUAUGUCUGCAUCUAUAGUUCAGAUGCGAUUUUUGAUGUUGAUGAGGAUAUCAACAUAGUUCAUGUUAUGCUAGAUGGAAAGGGAGUUAGUCCUAAAGAUGCUGGA